UGGCUGCUGCUGGAGUUGAGACAAAGAAGAAGAAGCAGCAGCAGCGGAGACGGUCCGCUCCAGUGAAACUCCAGGAAACUCCCAGUAACCUCCCAGUAACUCCCAGUUACCUCCCAGUUCGGACUGGACACUGCAUCUUCACCAACAUCUCACUCUGUUCAAGAAGAAGCAACACGUCUCCGUCCUUCUCCUCCGCUGCAGCUGCACUGAGCUAGCUUAGCCUGUUAGCUUAGCCGGACACCGUGUGUGUGUGUGUGUGUGUGUGUGUGUGCGUGCAGGACUUCAGCUCCAGACCAGAACCCACUGACCCGGAGCUGCAGCAGAACCGACCCGGACUUCACUGCACUGCACGCGAGGCCUCCAGCGUCGGUGUGUGCACGCGGAGUUUAAAGUGAAGUCGCGCUGCAGAAGCCGGAAGUGUGGAUGAGCUCUGCUGCUAGCAUCGUGCUAGCUGCACCGCUUCAUUGUGCUGCUCCGGGGGGGGAAGUGUCCGUGUGUCAGAGCCCUGCUCCGGCAGCAGAUCUCUCUCUCAUCGUGGUGAAGAGGCACCGACAUGAUUCCCGACAAAGCCCCGAAGGAAGACGUCUUCUACGGGUCUGCUGACCUGAAGAAGGAGGCUCACGUCCCCAGCUUCGACAGAUACAAGGAGCUGUACGCGAGCUCCAUCGAGCGGCCCGACGAGUUCUGGGGAGACAUCGCCAAAGACUUCUUCUGGAAGACCAAACACACGGGUCCGUUCCUCGAGUACAACUUCGACGUGACCAAAGGGGAAAUCUUUGUGAAGUGUAUGGAAGGAGCCUCCACCAACAUCAGCUACAACCUGCUGGACCGCAACGUGCACGAGAGGAAGCUGGGCGAUAGAGUGGCCUUCUACUGGGAAGGAAACGAGCCUGGUGAUGAGCUGACGGUGACGUACACAGAGCUGCUGCAGAGGGUCUGUCAGUUCGCCAACGUCCUGAAGUCUCAGGGCGUGAAGAAGGGCGACCGUGUGUCCAUCUACAUGCCCAUGGUGGUGGAGCUGGUGGUCGCCAUGUUGGCCUGUGUCCGCAUCGGAGCCGUGCACUCCAUCGUGUUCGCAGGUUUCUCUGCUGAGUCUCUGUGUGAGAGGAUCAUGGACUCGCAGUGUUCACUGCUCAUCACUGCAGACGGUUUCUAUCGAGGAGACAAGCUGAUCAACUUGAAGCUCUUAGCUGACGAAGCACUGCAGAAAUGCAGAGACAAGGGUUUCCCAUUGCACAAGUGCAUUAUGCUGAGACACUUGUCCAAAGAGGCAGAGGAGACGUCUCUGGGUUCUCAGUCUCCUCCAGCCAAACGACCCUGUCCUGAUCUGCAGCAGGAGAAACAGACAGGGAGAAUAAAGAAAACGCGUCCUGUUCCGCAGGUCCCGUGGAACCCGGAUGUCGACCUGUGUUGGCUCAGUCUGACACGAGGAGCUUCAGACGAGUGUGAACCCGAGUGGUGCGAGUCUGAAGAUCCUCUGUUCAUCCUGUACACGAGCGGCUCCACCGGCAAACCCAAGGGAGUUCUUCACACAGUCAGCGGCUACAUGCUCUACACCGCCACCACCUUUAAACUGGUGUUCGACCACCAGCCCGAUGAUGUUUACUGGUGCACGGCCGACAUCGGCUGGAUCACCGGACACUCCUACAUCACCUACGGCCCUCUGGCCAACGGCGCCACCAGUGUGCUGUUUGAGGGUCUGCCCACUUACCCUGACGUGAGCCGCAUGUGGGAGAUUGUGGACAAAUAUCAUGUGACCAAGUUCUACACGGCGCCGACCGCCAUCCGGCUGCUGAUGAAGUACGGCAGCGAGCCGGUGCAGAAGUAUAAGAGAGACUCCCUCAAGAUUUUGGGCACCGUGGGGGAGCCCAUCAACCCUGAGGCCUGGCACUGGUACUACACUGUGGUGGGGGAGAGGAGGUGUCCUAUAGUCGACACCUUCUGGCAAACGGAAACUGGCGGACACGUGUUGACUCCUCUUCCUGCAGCCACACCCAUGAAACCUGGAUCUGCUACGUUCCCGUUCUUCGGAGUGGUGCCUGCCAUCUUGAAUGAGUCAGGAGAGGAGCUGGAGGGGCCGAGUGAAGGAUACCUGGUGUUCAAACAGCCGUGGCCCGGUGUGAUGAGAACGGUGUUCGGAAACCAGCAGAGGUUUGAAACCAUUUACUUCAAGAAGUUCCCAGGAUACUACGUCACCGGAGACGGUUGCCGUAGAGACAAGGACGGUUACUACUGGAUCACAGGGCGGAUCGACGACAUGCUGAACGUCUCAGGUCACUUGUUGAGCACAGCGGAGGUGGAGUCGGCGCUGGUGGAGCACGAGGCUGUCGCCGAGGCCGCCGUGGUGGGCCGACCACACCCUGUCAAAGGAGAGAGCCUCUACUGCUUCGUAACACUCAACGAUGGACUGACGUUCAGCCGCACGCUAGAGGCAGAACUCAAACAACAAGUGAGGGAGAAGAUCGGCGCCAUCGCCACACCGGACUUCAUCCAGAACGCCCCGGGACUCCCCAAGACCCGAUCAGGAAAGAUCAUGCGGCGGUUGCUUCGCAAAAUCGCCUGCGAUGAACGGGAGCUGGGGGACAUCUCCACGCUGGCCGACUCCUCGGUCGUCGAGCAGCUCUUCCAGAACAGAUGCGGCGCCGGCGUGUGACGACCUCAGGGAUCCUCACUCCGACGGCGUGCACAACGACGGCCACAAACUUAACAAUGGCCGAAGAAGAAGCAGGACAAGAUGAGGAGGAGGAGGAGGAGGAGGAGGAGGAAUUCUUUGAACUCGGUCUUGGCUUGAUGACAACCUCUAGCUCCUGCUCAGCACGUAUUUAACAUGACGACACAUCAUCGUAUAUUUCACAUCACAGAUUUCAACAUCUGGAUUGAACAGGUUGGAUGAAAUGUGUCCAGAAGGUGACAGAGAUGCUGCUGUUAGAAAUAACCAGUGAGGUUGAGAAGCUAGAGGUUGUUUGUGGGUAAGACCGUCCUGCAGUGGGACGCUGCUGGAGGCGGAGUCUUGUUUUAUCCUCGUGUUUUAGCCAAUAAUACGCAGCAAUAUGUUAACGUGUAACUGCUCAGUCAAAGCAUAGAUCCAGGGCUCGUCCGACAGAUGUGGUUAAAGACGAGUUUCUAGAGCGGAAUAAGACUCGUGUGAAGUUUAACGUUUCUCCAACAAGUCUCCUCCCCUCGCUCGACGCCAUCGUCCUGUUCUUUACACGGAGGAUUUGCUUCAUUUGAAAACGCUUCAUUUUAAUUUCUAUUGUAAUUUUUUAAUGUAGAUUUGUGUCUUGUGUUUGGAGGUUUGAGGAUCUUUUCUGUUUGUGCGUCCGCACGUUCGUCGCUCGUACGUUUUCUUCUUCAGUUUUUUUAAUGGUAUUUGGAGGAUCUGGUGAAAACAGCAGAAAGAGCUUCACGCGGCUCAGGAACCGAAACGCUCGUUAACCAACCAGGGAAGAUGUUAUCGAUAUAAGUCCUUUACAUUGAGCCUGAAUCAAAGGGAACAUUUGAAUAUUCAAGAUCUUUUUUAUUAAAGAAUCAUGUCAGAGGAAAAAACUGAUGUGUGUCUGUCACCGUGAAAAACCAGCAACAUACUUUCCAUGGUUCAGCAGCUUCCUCCCGUCGGAGACUGAGUCUGGUAAAUCAAAAUGUAGAAGAAAGAAAACUGCUCACAAAUGAAAUGUGUCCUCAAGAAAAGAAAAAGGCUUCAUUAAACCUCCAGCUCGUUAGUGCAUCUGUUUCCCAUCGGCUUGUUCUACCUGAGAUCUUCAUCUCUGCUGCUGAAACGAGGAGAUGCAGCAAAUUCUACGACUAAAGGUGUUUCAGUCACUUUCAACAAAUUGUAAAAGAAAACAAACGAAUUGAGAAUAUCCGGGUUUUGGGUCUGAAGGAAUCAGAGGACGUCUCCAGUUCUGGACAAUUGUUCUGAUGUAAUUAAAUCAAGUCGACGACUAAUGAAUCAAAAACAAUCCAUAGAUUAACUGAUGAAUUAAUAGAAUAAUAAUUUUGUCGGACGUUUUGACUUCAUUUUCAUGAGUCGUCGUUUAUCUUUGUUUAUGAAUUUAUGAGUUUAAAGAAAAGACUAUCUGGUGCAUCAUGGGAAAUGUUGGCUCCAGUAUUUUGAGCUGCUCCAGUUGAUCUUGACCUUCGAUCACAUUGAGUCAGGUGAACCUGAACUCCUGUUAAUCUACACUUGAUGCUCCAGAUUAUCACCAGAUUAAAACCUUCAUCUGUCUUUGUCAUGAAAAUGUAAAUCCAGGUGAUUCUGGUGUGAAAAGUCUUUUCCUCUGCAGACGUCUGUGGUUUGAGCGAAGUUCGACGUUCGAGAGAAGCGGUGGAGCUGGUGGAUGUAGAAACUCGUUUCUGUCUCUAAUGUUAAAAAGUGCAGCUGCUUGUUUGAUUCUCAUGUUUUUCUUGUGUAAUAAGUCGAGACACUUGCUCUGUUCAUCUUGUUUUCAUUUCUCUGUGUCGAGCAGUAAAAGGACGUGACCUCUGA